UUGAUCACGUCGUUAUGUUUACUCUUACUUUUUACUUCUGAACAAUUUAAAUGAAAUGUCUAAACAAAAGAAACUCGGUUGGGGAUAUGUAUAUUCUUUCUUUUAUAUUUUAAUUUAUGCUAACCUGAUGACUUGUUUGGAAUUCGUUCGAGAAUUCUAAAAAGUUCUGCUAAUUACGACUCCUUGGUAUUAUUAAGGACAACUAAAAAAGACCGUAAAAUACUAAAAAAAUUUUUUUUUUAGCUGAUCUACAAUAACAAAAUAAGUAGAGAAAGCGUAUGGGAUCAGUUCCAGAGGAAAUUCAUUUUUAUUAAAUAUCUUUGAAAGUGAAUUUGCCCUGGAUUUUUCACUAAAUCUCGUGUCUUGAAGAAUUUUUCUCUCAGUCUAAGCGUGGGGAUUUUUUAAAAUUAUUCAACGUUCUAGAAAAACCUAACACCACUCAUAAUAUUAACACAUACACUUCUCUUACCAGUUAUCAUGUACUCAAAAAAACGCUAAACGCCAAGUUAACGGUAAUAAAUAAAAAAUCGUCUUUUAAUUGUUGCAUUUAAAACCAAAUUGUAAAUUAAAUGUUGCACACAAAGUGCAAAUUAUAGAUACACAUAAUAUCCAAUUCUAUGUUUCACUAUAUACUAAGUUCUAGUUUCGAUUUAACGAUGUUAUGAAAAAGUUCUUGUAUAAUUCCUACCAACACUUUGUUCGGAAAUUGACUGAAAGUACUGUCAGUACUGAAAAUCUACAGUAUACGUCACUUGGACUAUACUAUUUUCAAUACUGACAGUACUUUCAGUCAAUUUCCGAACACGCCCUAUGCAGCACUUACGGACUUAUCGUGUGCGAUCAUAAUAUAAAAAUGCUUCGUGUAUUGAAUGAAAUUGAAAAAGUUACGCAAAUUUCUCCUCUGGUGAUACAAUUUACUAGGAUGAGAAAUAAUAGUUAAAAGGUUAGAUAUAAAUAGUUGUAUUGUUUUUCAAAUCGAAUAACAGAAUAUUAGAACAUCCUGUUGAGCUGACCAGUGAUGUAAUUGGGAAGCCCUAUCCACGCCAAGUUUCAGAGAACCAAGCGGAUCCAGUUAUCAGCAUUCAGAAAUAAGCAGAUCAAUUUCAGAAGACGAGCUUUACAAAAAGUGUACAAAAGGAACCCAAAUAGAUCUACCAUUGCCCUCGUGGAAGUAUUUGAACAACGCACAAAAAAUGAGACCUUCAACAUCGGGAUAUUUUCAGAAACUGAACAGAGUUAAUGAUAUGUACCUGAGCUAUGGAUCUAAACAACCGCUUCACUCGAUGCAAAAUGAAAUUACACUAAAUUCUCAGCAGCACAGGCAAAACAACAAAUAUGUUGCUUUGGACAUGAUUACACCUCCAUAUAUUGCACGUAACAAUUCAUAUAACGAUAGUAAUUACUUGGAUCCAGUGAGCAGUUCGUGCAACACCUGUUGUUGCAUGUGUAUGAGCAACAGAGGUAUGCAAUCGCGUAGAACUUUAAACCUUGAGGAUGAGGAUAGCCCUCAGGGACUAUCGUGGAGGCGAUUACACAUGAGUAGAGCUAAGCUGAAAGCUACUGCAACUACUUCUGAACUGCUAAGUGGAUUUGCCAUGGUAGCUAUGGUGGAGUUGCAAAUAAAUGAACCGACAGCAGUACCGGAAUGGCUAUUUGUAAUGUUUGCUGUUUGUACAACUGUCCUGGUAUCAGUUCAUAUCUUUGCGCUUAUGAUUAGUACGUAUCUCCUGCCUAAUGUCGAAGCUAUAAGUAAACUUCAAAUUGCUCGGUUAGUAACUGAAUCCCCUCAUGAGCGAAUGCGCGGCUUUAUAGAACUUGCUUGGGCAUUUUCAACUGUAUUAGGGCUAUUUCUCUUUUUGGUAGAAGUAGCUAUUUUAUGCUGGGUUAAAUUUUGGGACUAUUCAUUCACAGCUGCCACAGCUAGCACAAUUAUUGUAAUUCCAGUACUUAUUGUUUUCAUAGCAUUCGCUGUACAUUUCUAUCAUUCUUUGGUUGUCUAUAAAUGUGAAGCCUCCGUUUCAGAUAUGAAAGAGUUAGAAAGUAUCAGAAAGAAUUUGGAUAAUGUGACAAUUAGUCAAAGUACCGUGUGAUUUACGAUGUCAAGUUCUGCUGCUUCAGGGAAGCUGGUUUCUCCAAUAGUUUGAGAAAAUGUGAAUGGUUCUUGUUAAUAUAUGCAUGCAUAUUUGUCGACUACAUGACCAUAGCUAUGCAUAAUUAUUUUAAGUGAGUUUAUUCGGCUAAAAUAAAGAAAUAGUAAAUUCUGAUGGUAUGAAUUUAUUCAAAGAAAGCAUCUAUCGAAAUAAAAAUAAAUUGAGUUAUUACGAAUUAUUUAGAAUUGGUUCACUUCCAAUCAACCUAUGAAAACAUAACUUUCUAUCAGCUGCGGAAGUCGCCGAUACAGAACAUGGCAAGACGAUGUACAAUUUGAAUCAAGCAUACUUUUUACUCACAUGCAAUAAGCAAGUACAAAAUAAGUAUUUCUUAUGACAAGACCUGUAGGUCAACUUCAACUUGGUAAUUUCUGUAACGAUUGCAAGAACCUUGGUAUCACAAAUUAACAAAAGUUGGACGUUUGUUAUGCGUUUGUGUCAUGCUAUGCAAAAGCAGCAGCAUAACAAGAUGGCAAUAAAUAACAGGCUCAAACAUAACUAACUAGGUAAAACAUUCAACGAUGGAAUGACGUGCAAUAAAUAGAUGACCAAUACAGUCUGUGAUAUUUAUGUAAAGAUAAUUUUCCUCCAUUAAUGGCAAACUGUUUAUCGUGAAAUUAAUAGGACGUCAAAUUUUACCAAUUGUGAUCAGCCCAUUGUCAAUAGAAAAAGCAAAAUUAUUAACUGAAUGGGUUGGAUGGAAAUAAGUGGUGACUUAUUAUUUAUAAACUAUACAAAAUUCUUCUAAUACCCAGAUAAAAUUGGCAAGAAUGACAAGAUAUCAAGUCCACUGUUGUAAUCGAUGGCCAUAUAUAAUGUAUAAGUAUUGAAAUAGUGUCCAAUAAAUCGGAAUAUCAGAUUUUUAUAAUACAAACUAUAUUAUGUGAAUAUAAAAAAUUAAAAUUCUCGUUCGCAUAUUCACAAAAACACUAUAAUAGCAAUGGGAAAAUAGUUUAAGUAUAUAAGCGAAAGCAAAAUAAAGCUUAUACCUGUGAUCAAUAUGAAAAAAAAAAAAGAAACAAAUUCCUAUCUUUCAUGUUACUAACAAUUACAAUGAAAUUCGUAAAUUUUAGUUAGAUAGAACGAAACAAAAUGUUUCCUUCAGUGACAGUUUUGUAAGGUGUGGUGAGUUACAAUAAUUUUGCAAACACGGUAAGAGUGCUCAAUAAAUUCGCGCUAACAUUUCACAAUCUAAAUCAUAAGAUCUUCACGAUUAGACUUCUCUGAAUUUUUGAUUGACAAAGUAAUAUAGAAAAUAAACCUUAACAUAUACGGUGGCAGGCGUGUCAAAAUUUGCAAAUAGAAAAGUUUAAAACUUAUCGAGUUUCGAAAAUAUUUGACAUCCAUUUAAUCUUUAGCGAAAAUUGCAACUAUAGAAGGGUGUAUAUAAUACACAAGCACACAGGUGCCCAUGCGCACACACAUGCGAUAGUACAAGCGAGAGCUCUUAUUGUUAGAACAUCUCGUACAUCGUAACAAUAAUAAUAAAAAUAAUUAAAAUUACUGUUUCAAGUUUCAAUUUGCGAUUUUUAUUUCAAUUCGUUUUUUUGUUCUUCUUUUUUAUACUAGCGUAAAUUGUAUUUCUAAUGUAUUUAGACUCUUUAAUUUAAACGUUAUACUUAGUUUAUCAAUACAUUAGAAAUUAUACAAAUAAAUAUCUUUUAUACCGAAUUCUCAUUGGAUUUGUUUCAUAAUAAUUUUCGUAAAAUCUGAUAUCCUCAGAGACGUUAGGUAUGUAACAUUUUUUUCAAUACUUGAGUACAUACGAAUUUGUUUCGAUCUACCGUGAAAAUGUAUUAUUAGUAUGUAUCUGGGUUAUUUGAACAUGUAUUAUUUCUCACGUAUUUUAUAAACUAAGGUUUAGUCUUAUGGUCAUGAAUAAUCUCUAUGGUAGUUUUGUCGCCCCCUGCAAGAAAAUUGCUCAAAAUUAACCCAGGAACGUUACACUUGGUGUGGCAUACCCAGCUCUUUUUUCCAUUGUGUAAUGCUUUCAGUCGCCAGACUUCAAUGACUCAUAUGUAUUUAUAACCAAUUGUUGCGAUAUUCGACUUUAUCCUACUCCCUUGCAUUUUUAAUCGUUUAACAGACAAUUAUGCAUUGGAUUUAUGAAGAAAUCUUGAUUGCAGCUGAAAUCAUUGUAUCUUGAAGUCGGUCGGGUGGCAAACACUCAAGGGUACGGUUAGUGAUCGGCUGUGAAAGUGUACCGUUCGAGGGUUAAAGAUCUGAGAUUUCUGUCAUACAAUUGGAAGCAAUUAUAAUUUAGUGAGGUCCAAAAUAAAUUUAUAAAACUAUUGGAACACAAAGUUUAAUUUAUGGAACAUUAUGUUUGGCAUUUAGAGUCAACCAUUCUGGUCAACUUUCAAUUUUAUAUUGAAAUUACAUAAUAUCAAGUAACUGCUGACAGUAAGGGUGAAGUUCAUGCAAUGAACGAUAUGCUAUCUUUUAAAACUUUGAAAUCUCAAUAAAUUAAUCAAGCAUUGCAUUUGUAUGAUAAUUUAGAAUCUUGAGAUCGUAAUUCUAAACCACAUUUUUGAUGCAUUUGGUUAUAGAUUACAGAUCAACAACAGUGUUUAAUUUUUUUAAAGACAUACGAGUCGUCUUUGAGUUGUAACAGACUUAAGAAAAUUUGAUUGUACAUAUUAUAUAUUAUGUAUACUUAAACUCUAUUUUUUCAAUAUCAACACGUAAUUUGAUGUCAAAAUACUAUUUUUCUGAUGAUCAAUGAACCAUCAUUUGCUUGGCUUGGUCGGCACACAGGAGCUUAAAGUUUUUUACCAAUGUUUCUCAUGUAAUAAUGAACCUAUUGAUUUAGGUAUUAUUGACAAAGAUGCAAUUCUUCAUAUACAAGUGUUAUUUUAAUGUUUGACCUUAAUUCAUUAUUCUCCACAUAUUCCUCAUUUUAAAAUUAAGUCAAUAAGUGAAACGUAGCAGUCUCUUGCAAGGGUACGAUGUUUGUUCGAAAUAUCUGGCAAGGAGAAAGUUGAAUAUUUUCAAUACAUGUAUGAAUUCAUGUAUAUGUAUAUAUAUUUAUUUUAUUCCAAAAGUAAUUUGAAUAUCAUUGUGUGUAAUCAUUCAUUUUACUUUUGAAUAAAUUCAAAUCGAUUUCUUCUCAAAACAUUAAUAUCAACACAUCAUUUUACUUUAUAUAGGAUCUAUUUUUCUGUGCUAAUAUUAAGUUAGCAAAUAAAUAAAGUUGCAGAUGUAAGUUACAGAAUAAUUGAUUGUUAUUCUAGGUUUGCACGCUGUAAUUUCUGAUAAUUAACGUAUGAAUUGGGGUAAGACUAGUAUGUGCAUAACUGCUGAAAUGCAUUCAGGGGAUUCAUAGAUAGAAAGAACCAUAGAUUACCCAUUGAUAACACGUUAUAAUAAAUUUUCUAACUUGACUGAAUAACUCGACGAGCUAUAAGGAGUGUGCCUCAAUUUUCUUCAAUAUCAAGAAACAAUAUUAUAUUCACCAAAAUCGCGUACUACCGUUGUCACACAAGCAAUUAUGUUUCGUUACCUACUUUUAUUGCUCCUGAAAAUGAUGAAAUUCAAUAUUUUUUUGUAGACUUUUAUGUAGGGAAAUAUUUAAUAUUUCCAAUGCAAGAGAUUUCUUUCCUUGUCCGUAACUUCGUGCAACAAUUUUACUUAAAUAACUUCAACUUUUUACGAUGUCGGAUAAUUCUAGAUAAUCUUAAAACAUUAAAAAUUAUCAUAUAUGUGUGUGUGCGUGUAUUUACCUAUGUAUGUACUUAUGUACGUACGUAUGUAUGUAUGCAUGUAUAUAUGUAUGUAUGUACAGAAAAGUUGUUUUGUAUGAAACUAAAGCGGUUUUAAAAUAAAGUCACAACCUGCACACUUCUUCACUGGAUGCACUUGCGAAAUCGUCAAAUGAUCACUUAUAGUCAUAACUCUAAUAAUAUGUUACGUACACUUUCAAAUUAUAAUCGUUCCAUAAUAAAUUAAAACAUAUUUUUUCUGUAUGAAUUAUGUACCUUUAGUGUUUACAUUCAAAUAAUAGUAUGAUAGACCAAAAGGUACUGGAUGACAGGGAGUAAUUAAUAGUAUAAAAAUAAAAAAAUUAAUCUGUUCGCUGACUCAGCUUCUCGAUAAAUACCUAAUUUGACUAAAUCUGCACCGGCAGUCUUAGAAAUUCUGGGAUGCCACCAACAGUAACAAAUUUACCAAAUGAUCUAUCCGAUAUAAUCUCUAAAUUGCUGGAGAGUGCAAUAAUCUAACGUAAAUAUUCAACAAUAUAACAAAUGAAAUGCGCUUAAUGAAUGAUAAUACUUAUCAUAAAUCACGCAUAACUUUAGAUUACAACUCAGAAAAUGAUUUUCACAAAAAUGAAUGUGAAUUAAAAUUCUUCACAUUAGCAAAUUUUUGUUUUGCCCUAUUACGUUAAUGAGUUUUAGCUACAGAAUGCUAUACAAGCCUACCAUCACAUUAUAUUUCAGAAUCGAUCAUACAAAUUUAUUGAAUGUUUUAAAUGCUCGUGACAUUAUUGCGUUAAAUGACAGAAAUGACUUUUGAAAAUAUUUUGUAGGGUUUAAGAAAUACUAUAUUAACAAAGCAAACAGUAGAAUGACCAAAAUCUAUUCUAAUAUAAACUUUGCACAGUUGUUAUUCUAUUAAACCGUAUAAUUAUACCUUAUGCCACAAACCAUAUUUUUGUAGA